AUGCGGUGGGCUGAGAUUGUGCGCAGGAUUACAAUCGUCGCUUGCGGGAGCUUCUGUUUCUUCGGCUACGACCAGGGAAUGAUCGCAGGUGUCAAUGCUUCAAACCAUUACGUGAAGCUGAUGGGUUUUGGUUAUGUCGAUGAGAAUGAUGAGCCCCGGAGUACCAACGGCCUCCUCGAAGGUGGUAUAAUUGCCAUCUACUACUUUGGCACCUUGAUUGGAUGCUUUCUCGGAGGCAUCGUCGGUGACGAUUAUGGCCGCAUAAAGGGUGUCGCCCUUGGAGCCGUCAUCGGAAUUGUGGGUGCAGCCCUACAAUGCACUGCCCAGAACGUCUCUUGGAUGUGCAUCGCUCGCAUCAUCAAUGGUGUUGGCACUGGAGUUCUGAGCGCGGUUAUUCCUGUCUGGACUACCGAAGUUUGUGAGCAUUCGUCCCGUGGCCAGAUGAUCUCUACUGAGUUUACCUCCAACAUUUUUGGUGUCGUGAUUGCAUACUGGCUCGCCUACGGGCUCUCCUUCAUUGAUGGUGGCAACUCCCAAUGGCGCUGGCGCUUCCCGAUCGCCUUCCAGAUCAUCCCACUGAUCAUUCUCCUCAUUGUGAUCUUCUUCUUCCCCGAAUCCCCUCGCUGGCUCAUCAAGGACGGUAAAUUCGAGCGAGCCCGGUUUAUCCUCUCCCGCAUCCGCGGCCGCAACUACCAUGACGUGGAGACGGAGUAUCUUGCCAUCAACAAAUCAGUCGCCAACGAAAAACGUUGGGGCCACAGACCUGGUGUUACUACGAACUACUGGACGAUGAUCACCGGAACCGGUGGUGGGUCCAUGCAUAUCACCAGGCGCGUGUACCUCAUCAUCUGGUUGCAGAUCAUUCAGGAGUGGGUUGGCGUGGCUUGUGUCACGGUGUAUGCGCCCGUGAUGUUCAGGAACGCAGGAUUCGCCGCUCAAACCGCCACCUUCAUCUCUGGAAUCAACAAUAUCACCUAUUGCCUUAGCACCCUCAUACCCGUGCUCUAUCUCGACCAAUACGGCCGCCGGAAGUUCCUCCAUGUCGGAGCAGUCCUGCAGGCAAUCUUCAUGGCUGCCGCAGGAGGCUGCUCGAAAAUGAGGGACGACGGUGGCGGAGCGAGAUGGGGAAUUGGCGCCACCGUCAGCAUCUUCCUCUUCACAUUCUCAUUCGGUGCGACCUGGCUCUGCGUCCCCUGGAUCUACCAGACCGAGAUCUUCCCCACCACAAUCCGCGUGAAGGGUGCCUCCUUCGGUGUGAUAGGCUGGUCACUCGGCAGCGGCUGGCUGACCCUCCUCUGCCCGAUAAUGUUCCAGAGAAUCGGUCCGUGGACUCUCGUCGUCUUUGCAUGCUGCAGUCUGUCCACCAUGCCGAUUGUGUGGGCUCUCUGUCCGGAGACGAACCAGUGCACGCUCGAGGAUAUCGAGUACCUGUUCAACCUCAAAAGUCCCUGGGCCUGGGAUGCCGAGAAGAAUUACGCCGAGAAGAUAGCGCUCAAGGAAGCCGAGAAUCAAUGUUCGAAUGUGGAGAAUGGCGCUGCGGAGGUGGAGGAUAGCGCUGCGGAGGUGGAGGGUACCGCUGCGGAGGUGGAGGAUCUCCAAAGUGGGGAUGUUCGGUGCAGAAACAGUUACCAACUGAAGAAGGACUAA